AUGCCAGGACACGGGAAGGAUGGGACUGGGCAUGUUGAAAUCUACUCCUCUGCCUGGAAAGAAGGCGGGCUAGAUGUGAUCCAGAGAAGACAACCCAGAAGUCCUGGCUGUAGAGUGUGGCCAGUAGCUGCCAGAGCAAUGCGAACCAACCAACUUGUGAAAUAUAUCUUGUUUAUUUCUUGUUACCUCUUCUGGGUGGCCAGUGGUCUAAUGAUUGCUGUGGGUAUAUAUGCAAAGCUCUCCAAAGAAUCAGGUGCCGUGGAGUCCCUGCUGGCGGAGCCCUCCCUCCUCGUCCUCGCAGUGGGCAUCCUCACCUUCGUUAUCACCUUUUUGGGCUGCACCGGAGCCCUCAGGGACAUUCCGUUGCUGCUGAAAAUGUUUGCUGUGUUGUUGCUGCUGAUCUUCGUGGUCCAGAUCGUGGCUGUAGGAGUGGCCUUUCUCUUCUCUGGCCUGUUGCAGGUGAUGGAUAAGGCUGCGUUUCUCAUGGGAAAAGCCAUAGCCAGUUACCGCGAUGACUUGGAUUUACAAAAUCUCAUUGACUAUAUACAGAAGAAGUUUGAGUGCUGCGGGGUCCAUUCCUACAGAGAUUGGUCUCAGAAUGAAUAUUUUGACUGCAGCAUUUCCAAUCCAAGCCUGGAAUGUUGUGCUGUUCCUUUCUCCUGCUGCAUCCCAGAGGAGGAGCAGAAUGUUCUUAACACCAUGUGUGGCUAUGGGACCCAGAACCUGAAAGCGUGGAAGGCAGAAAGUCUGAUCCACACAGGAGGCUGUUUGGAGAAGAUUGUCACCUGGGGACGCAGUAACCUGCAUCUGAUUGCCGGACUGGCGCUGGGUUUUUUGGCAAUGGAGGUUGUUGUCUUCUCUUUGGCUGUGACACUUAUUUACCAAAUCAGCUUUAUAAUUCAGAAGAGAACCAACAGAAAGAGAGAGGCAUAA